AGUAGCCAGACAUGAGCUGUGAGGGUCAAGCACAGCUAUCCAUCAGAUGAUCUACUUUCAGCCUUCCUGAGUCCCAGACAAUAGAAGACAGGUGGCUCUACCCUUGGCCAAGGGUAGGUGUGGCAGUGGUGUCUGCUGUCACUGUGCCCUCAUUGGCCCCCAGCAAUCAGACUCAACAGACGGAGCAACUGCCAUCUGAGGCUCCCGAACCAGGGCCAUUCACCAGGAGCAUGGGGCUCCCUGAUGUCCAGCUCUGGCUGGUGCUGCUGUGGGCACUGGUGCGAGCACAGGGGACAGGGUCUGUGUGUCCCUCCUGUGGGGGCUCCAAACUGGCGCCCCAAGCAGAACGAGCUCUGGUGCUGGAGCUAGCCAAGCAGCAAAUCCUGGAUGGGUUGCACCUGACCAGUCGUCCCAGAAUAACUCAUCCUCCACCCCAGGCAGCGCUGACCAGAGCCCUCCGGAGACUACAGCCAGGGAGUGUGGCUUCAGGGAAUGGGGAGGAGGUCAUCAGCUUUGCUACUGUCACAGACUCCACUUCAGCCUACAGCUCCCUGCUCACUUUUCACCUGUCCACUCCUCGGUCCCACCACCUGUACCAUGCCCGCCUGUGGCUGCACGUGCUCCCCACCCUUCCUGGCACUCUUUGCUUGAGGAUCUUCCGAUGGGGACCAAGGAGGAGGCGCCAAGGGUCCCGUACCCUCCUGGCUGAGCACCACAUCACCAACCUGGGCUGGCAUGCCUUAACUCUGCCCUCUAGUGGCUUGAGGGGUGAGAAGUCUGGUGUCCUGAAACUGCAACUAGACUGCAGACCCCUAGAAGGCAACAGCACAGUUACUGGACAACCAAGGCGGCUCCUGGACACAGCAGGACAUCAGCAGCCCUUCCUAGAGCUUAAGAUCCGAGCCAAUGAGCCUGGAGCAGGCCGGGCCAGGAGGAGGACCCCCACCUGUGAGCCUGCGACCCCCUUAUGUUGCAGGCGAGACCGUUACGUAGACUUCCAGGAACUGGGAUGGCAGGACUGGAUACUGCAGCCCGAGGGGUACCAACUGAAUUACUGCAGUGGGCAGUGCCCUCCCCACCUGGCUGGCAGCCCAGGCAUUGCUGCCUCUUUCCAUUCUGCCGUCUUCAGCCUCCUCAAAGCCAACAAUCCUUGGCCUGCCAGUACCUCAUGUUGUGUCCCUACUGCCCGAAGGCCCCUCUCUCUCCUCUACCUGGAUCAUAAUGGCAAUGUGGUCAAGACAGAUGUGCCAGAUAUGGUGGUGGAGGCCUGUGGCUGCAGCUAGCAAGAGGACCUGGGGCUUUGGAGUGAAGAGACCAAGAUGAAGUUUCCCAGGCACAGGGCACUUGUGACUGGAGGCGUCAGAUUCCUGAUCCACACCCCAACCCAAAAACCACCUGGCAGUAUGACUCACUUGACCCCUACGGGACCCAAAUGGGCACUUUCUUGUCUGAGACUCUGGCUUGUUCCAGGUUGGCUGAUGUGUUGGGAGAUGGGUAAAGCGUUUCUUCUAAAGGGGUCUACCCAGAAAGCAUGAUUUCCUGCCCUAAGUCCUGUGAGAAGAUGUCAGGGACUAGGGAGGGAGGGAGGGAAGGCAGAGAAAAAUUACUAAGUCUCUCCCAAGAUGAGAAAGUCCUCAAGUGAGGGGAGGAGGAAGCAGAUAGAUGGUCCAGCAGGCUUGAAGCAGGGUAAGCAGGCUGGCCCAGGGUAAGGGCUGUUGAGGUAUCUUAAGGGAGGGUCAAGAGGGAGACGGGCAAGGCGCUGAGGGAGGAUGCUUAGGGGACCCCCAGAAACAGGAGUCAGGAAAAUGAGGUACUAAGCCUAAGAAGUUCCCUGGUUUUUCCCAGGGGACAGGACCCACUGGAAGACAAGCAUUUACACUUUCUUUCUUCUUUUUCUUUUUGUUUUUUUAAGACGGAGUCUCGCUCUGUCACCAGGUUGGAGUGCAGUGGCACGAUCUUGGCUCACUGCAACCUCCGUCUCCUGGGUUCAAGUGAUUCUUCUGCCUCAGCCUCCCGAGUAGCUGGGAUUAUAGGCACCCGCUAAUUUUUGUAUUCAACAUGUUGGCCAGGAUGGUCUUGAUGUCUUGACCUCUUGAUCCACCCGACUUGGCCUCCCAAAGUGAUGAGAUUACAGGUGUGAGCCACCGCGCCCGGCUUAUACUUUCUUAAUAAAAAGGAGAAAGAAAAUCAACAAAUGUGAGUCAUAAAGAAGGGUUCGGAUGAUGGUCCAGAGCAACAGUUCUUCAAGUGUACUCUGUAGGCUUCUGGGAGGUCCCUUUUCAGGGGUGUCCACAAAGUCAAAGCUAUUUUCAUAAUAAUACUAACAUGUUAUUCGCCUUUUGAAUUCUCAUUAUCUUAAAAUUGUACAGUGGAGUUUUCCAGAGGCUGUGUGACAUGUGAUUACAUCAUCUUUCUGACAUCAUUGUUAA